AUGACUGUACGAAGCAACCUGAUGCUGCGGCUGUGGCUGGUGCGGUGCUGGUUGUUGUUCGCCUGUCUAUGCCCGAUGUUCGCGGCGACCUCCGCCCAACCCUGCGCCGCGGGAUGCACCUGCUUCGGCCCGAUGAUGGUCUGUAACGCCGCCGGUCUCCGGGACGUCCCCCGCAACAUCCCCGCAACAACCACGCACCUCUACCUGAAGAACAACAGAAUCUCCAUCAUCUACAGAGCGGCGUUUUCAGACGUACCAAAUCUGUCCGUCCUGCAUCUUGGGAACAACUUCCUGACGAAUCCGUUCAUCCAGGAAGGCUGCUUCGACAAUCUGGCAAAACUCGAGACCAUCGUGCUGUCAGACAACAGGUUGACGGCGUUCCCCUACCGGAAGCUGAGGGGACUGCAGUCCAAGCUCCAGAACCUGGACCUCUCGGGUAACCUCAUUAGGAGGAUUGAGCCUGGCGCACUCUCACAGUUCAAAAACCUGCGGGAACUCCUGUUGGCGAGAACGGGGCUGAGUGACAUCUCCCCCGACACGUUCAUAGGCCCAGCGCUGCUGCGGACACUGAAUCUCGACUACAACAACCUGUCUGUUGUCCCAACCGAAGCUCUAAAACAGCUCGGCGAGCUAAGAAAACUCAGUCUACGAGGUAACCCCAUCUCAGAGGUAGCCAUCGACGGCCUUUCUGUCCUGAAAUACCUGGAUCUCGGGGAGAUGCAGCUAACAGAGCUGGGAGAGGACGCGUUCCAGGCGAUGCCGUAUCUGGUGGUCCUGCUGCUGGAUGGGAACAGGUUGUUGAGCAGGGUGGACCCCGCAGCCUUUCUGUCGUUAACAAGGCUGAAGUACCUGACGCUUCACGGCUGCGGCUUAGCGGCGCUCCCGCCCACCACGCUGGACACCAUGUGGUCUCUGCAGUCCAUCUCGCUGGCCGGGAACCCGUUCCGCUGUGACGCGGAGCUCUGCGGGCUGGUCUGGUGGCUACAGGACACGGAGGUGGAGCUGACCAACCGGGACGACAUCACCUGCAACACGCCCGACGCGCUGGCGGGAAGGCACCUCAACGUCACCAUCGCGGAGGGCGUCUGCCAACCGGAACCGGAAAUCCUGCCACCGGAACCGGAAAUCCUGCCCCCGGAACCGGAAGCAGAGGAGACCGGAAACGAGCUGACCGAGGAGACGCUCGAUCCGCCUCCGAUCGACGCAGAGACUGAUGACGUGGAUGACAGAGGUGAUGACGUGGAUGAUAGAGGUGAUGACGUAGAUGACAGAACUGAUGACGUAUAUGAUAGAACUGAUGACGUAUAUGAUAGAACUGAUGACGUAGAUGACAGAGAUGGCAAUGUAGCUGGUACCGACAAAUUACAAGUAGAGAACGAAGAAAAGGAAACUACGGAUAAGGGUACAGCAGGUCAUACAGAUUCUCCCAUCAGCAAUAAAGAGGAACAACAUCAUGUGGACGAAAAUAAAGAAAAGCAAACGACAAACUCGGUUGUAGACCAUACCACUUCACCGGUCGUCAUCCCAGAAAAGGAAAAGGACGAUGACAUAAUUGAGGGCAAGAAAACAACAACAGAACCAGGGACGAAGGUUGACGUCGAUGCUCCAAAAGGCGAAGAGAAGGAAAGUCGCGAGUCCACCAACACCGUAGACAAUAAUACAGAAGACCCGCUCCCAGAACCGUCCAUCAACCUGACAGAGCGACAGGAGCUGAAGGCGCCGGAGUCCGGAGACAGGAAGGCGGAGUCGGAAACUACAGCGGCACCGACCGAACCUGCAAGAACUCCGCGGAAGAAGAAGGUCAAGGCCAAGUUCGAGACGACGCCGUCUUACGUGGAAGGCACUGAUUGGCCAGAGGAGCGGACGGCGUAUGACGACUGUCCGGCAGGCUGCCGAUGCAGACGGUGGUACGUGAACUGCAGUGACAGCGAGCUGACGGCGGUACCGCGGAACCUCCCCGCCUCCACGCGGUACCUGUACCUCUAUCGCAACAAAAUCACGUCCCUACCACCGGGGGCGCUGGGCUAUCUGUCGGAACUAAGAUUGUUGGAUCUCACGAGCAAUCUGCUGACGAAUGACGGGCUCACUUCUGGCUCGUUCAAGACGCUCACGAAACUAGACGCGCUAUACCUCUCCACCAACCGGCUCCGCAGUUUCCCGAAGGAAGAGUUACCCGCGUUCCGGCCGCUGACCAACCUGAGGACGCUGCUGCUGUCCGGCAGCUCCCGGCUGGUGCGGCUGAAGAAGAAGUCCCUGCUGGGCCUGACGAACCUGCGCUAUCUGGACGUGACGAACUCCGCCCUGCGGGACGUUCACCCCGGCGUGUUCCGGGACACUAAAAGCCUGUACCGCGUGGCUCUGGCGGACAAUCCCUUCGUCUGCAGCGCCGCGAUCUGCCCCAUGGUCGACUGGAUCAACGAGAAACUGCCCAACACAGACUUCAUGAACAUCGAGCGCGCGACGUGCGCCGAGCCGGACUUUCUGCGCGGGAAGUCGCUACUGACGCUACAGGGCGCCCUAGGGCUUCCAUGUCGUCGCAGCCGGCCGGCGAAUAUCGAGGAGUCCCGCAGCGUCGCGAUCGCGCUUGUGGAGUGUCCGAUCAGCUGCGCCUGUCAGGGUCAGGCCGUGGACUGUAAGAACCGAGGCCUGCGCGAAAUCCUGACGACGUUUCCUUACCAGACAAGGAGCCUGGAUCUGGGUAAUAACAUGAUCGGGUCCAUCCCACCCGGCACUUUCGUGAACCUGCCCAACCUAGAGCGGCUGAACCUCGAGAACAACGAGCUUGCCCACGACAGCCUUGUGUCGGGAUCCUUCUACGGGCUGGGGCAGCUGAAACAUCUGAACCUCUCCUACAACAAAUUCUCCGUAUUCCCGGAGGAGACACAGUCCCUCGGAGAGACGCUGGAGGUGCUGGAUCUAUCGGGAAACAAGAUUUCGCGGAUCAGGCCGGAAACCUUCGCGGACUUCGAGAAUCUGAAGGUUCUGUACAUGAGGAGCACGGGCCUGCGGCGACUGGAGCGGGCGUCGCUGACGGGCAUGGACAACCUGACCUCGCUUCACCUGGACAACAACCGGCUCACCAUCAUGCCGAACAAGGAGAUCCAGUCCCUCCGCUCGCUCAAAAACCUCACCAUGAGGGCAAACCCCGUCAAACACAUCUCCAAGAAGUCUUUAUACCACUUCCCAGCGCUGGAACAUCUGGACAUACGCGACAUGCGGCUCAAGAAACUCGGGAAACGGAUCUUCCACCAGAUUCCUUCUCUCAAAACCCUCCAGCUGUCCGGAAACGUGCAACUUUCGUCCGUACACAGAACUUCUCUUUCCACGUUGAAAAAUUUACAGCAUCUGGAGCUGGAUAACUGCAACCUGACAACCUUACCGCGCGAGAUACUAGACGAUCUCCCCUCCCUCUCCUACUGCACGCUGCAAUCCAACCCCUGGAAGUGUAAAGGCCCGAAGUUCUGCGGAUUGUAUAAGUGGUUAGUGCAGGGGACAGUCGAAGUGCCCUUCCAGGACGAGAUUCAGUGCGGGUCCCCAGCUUCGGAAAGGUGGAGGCCGGUCAGAAGCGUGUCUAUCAGUAAGAUUUGUGUUUCCACUGACACGAAGCCAACCCAGGUUCCCGAGCUCCAGCCGACCACGCCUGUAGCAAACGACACUCUGUGCCCGUCCAACUGCAGCUGUAGAGACGAUAACUCUGUCUACUGUAGCCACGCUGGCCUUAACACCAUCCCAACCCCGCUUCCAGAAACCACGGCCAGCCUCUUCCUGGACCAUAACAACAUUUCCGUACUCAACCCCUCCGAGUUUGCCGGGUUGCCAAACCUGCAGGUGCUAGAUCUCACUACCAACCUGCUAACAUUUGACAGUAUAGACGACACGACCUUCUCUGCCUUGACGAAGCUGCGGUACUUGUACCUGAGUAAGAACCGAUUCACCAGCAUCCCGAUGUACGUUCCAUCAUCAACAUACUACUUAGACGUCCAGGGGAACCAGAUAACUGGAGUAAGAGAGGACAUGUUGUCGGAGCUUUUGAGGAACGUGCCGUCGCUGAACUGGAUUGCCUUAGAGAAUAACCCGUGGCAUUGCGACCCAGACGUCUGCACGCUUCGCAAGCUGCUGGACUCGGGAGCCAUCCGCCUGCCCUACCCGGAGAAGAUGCUGUGCAGCACGCCGCCUAACCUGAAGGACCUUGCGGUGAUGGGGCCGUACAUCCAGCAGUUCUGUGAGUCGGACGAGGGUUUCCCGUCUCCUGAUGACGCAAACGUUACCAUGACAACUCCCGCCACCACUACAGCAGCUACGGACACCGGAUCAGGGUCAACGUCCGCCAGAACAAAGGAUUGCCCAUCCAUGUGCGCAUGCACAACCGAGGGUUACGUCAACUGUGCGAAUGCAGGUCUGACCAGCCCUCCCGCCAAGCUGCCUGUGAGAACCCGCCACCUGAACCUGGCGCAGAACCAGAUCCGGUACGUCGGACAGGACGACCUGAGGGACCUGCCUAGCCUCAAGGUUCUGGAGCUGCAGGGUAACGGCAUCACAGACUCCGGGAUCCAGGACGGCUUCUUCCAGCGACUGUCCUCCUUAGAGUACCUGUUCCUGUCGGACAACGAGCUGACGUCUGUCCCUGAGAAACUCCCGCCAAAACUGUACUACCUGGAGCUGCACGCGAACCGCGUCUCCGGAGCGGUUCCGUCUUGUACUUUCUGGGGACUUCCACACCUCCAGUUGUUAGAUCUGCACGGAAAUACACUCAAAAACGAGGGUCUCGAUCAGGGAUCUUUCCUGGGGAUUCAGAACCUCACGUACAUCUACCUCUCUAAUAACCUGAUCUCCAGCGUGCCGGCCCACCUCCCCACCACGUUGCUCUACUUGUAUCUAAACCAUAACCACAUUUCCAUGAUUCCGACGGGGAUAUUUGACAGGCACGGCAAACUGCGGCGGCUGUACAUCGAACGCAACCUGCUCAGGGACAGCGGUAUCGAGACAAACUCAUUCCAGGGGCUGCGUUCGCUACGCUUUCUCAGCCUCGCCGGGAACCAACUUUUGUUUGUACCCAAAAACAUGCCACAGAGUCUAACGCAUCUGGUGUUGGAUGAUAACAAGAUAGACUUCCUGCCACCGAAGUGCUUCCAGGGCCUGCACAGACUCCAGCUGCUGUCUCUUAACAACAACAGUCUGCCGGACCACGGCAUUCACUCCGGAUCCUUCGCAGGUCUGCACAAACUUACUCGGCUGUACCUCUCUAACAACUCUCUCAAAUCCGUGCCGUACGGACUCCCGAAGACUCUGGAAGACCUCAACCUGGACAGAAACGGCAUCGCCACUCUGGACCGGUCCAAGCUGAAGAGCUUAGAAAACCUGCAAAAGCUGUCCGUCGCCUGGAACAACGUCACCCUUCACGGGAUCCCGCCCAAGAUCUUCGACGAUCUGCGCGAGAUCACGCACCUGGAUCUGGACGGAAACAAUAUAGAGAGCGUGCCGGAACAUCUGCCGGGGAAGCUGGAGAUUCUGAAGCUGUCCAACAACCUCAUCUCCAUGAUCCCGAAUAACGCGGACAUGUCCCACAUGGGCAAACUACAGUGGCUGGUCCUGGGGAACAACAGACUCACCAGCAGGUACUUCCCGCAUCAGAUAUUCGCCCAUCUCGGCGAACUGAAGCAUCUGGACCUGUCUCACAACUACCUGGAGGAAGUACCACCGAAUCUACCCAGAAGUCUGGAGUUUUUAUACCUGAACAAUAACGGAAUUGAGAGUAUCCAGGAGGAUACAUUCAUGGGACUACCUUUUCUAAAGGCGCUGGACUUGAGCAACAACUACUUAGCAGAGGUUAGAAUAGCGCCAGGGUCGCUGAGACGGCUGUCUGCGCUCAGGUCAUUAAAUCUGUCCGAAAACGACUUCAGGAAACCACUAGAUAAGACAGAGCUGCCGUAUAACCUACAGGAGUAUAAUCCUUAGAUCCAAAACGACUUCAAUAAAAUCUACCGGCUACGAUUCUAUUGAAAUCUUCUGCAUCUAAGGCUAUUGCUCCUAUAGGGUGGUCAUCAAUGAAUGGGAUUUAACAUAUACUUUUACAUAUAGUUCCUCAUUAUGGAAUAAGAGUAGAUUUUCACCAUGUGUUGUAACUAAUGGAAGCACCUC